UUGUGCGACUGAGAUUACAUUACUAUAGAAUUCGGUCCCUGUCCUGUCUGAAAACUUGAGCGGAGUCACUAUGAACUACAGAGCAGGCUUUCUGACGGUGGUGUGUGCCUGGAUGGCGAUUCUACUGCCAAGCCUGGGUGCAGGUCACGCAUCGAGGAGGCAUGCGGCUGGUGUAUCGUGCAGGCCAAAAGAGCUGACAGCCCUCACCAGAAGUCUAGUGGAAGAGAGCCUGGCAACUUUUAAUAAAGCCAAUGGGGAGCACCUUGGCACUUGGUCACCAGGCUUCCCUGAGCUCCAGGUCCACCAGAACGCUCCUCUCAUCCCCUCAAAAGUUCAUUGCGGCCUCCUCUUCGUGUCUCAAGGCCUGGAGAAAGUCCUGGAGGACCAGAGGAGCAACCUGAAUCCCACAGAUUUGUCACUUCAUAAGGCGAUCGGGGACACCAUCGCCCACGUCGACAUGCUCGCAAAGUGCGUGAAGCACGUUCUCAGAGGGGAAUGCUCCUCCAAGCCGUCCGCACCCGAAAUGCCCGUGCAUGUGUUUGAGAGGAAGCAGUGGAGUCACUCUCUGAUGUCGACAGCAAGGGACUAUCUGAAGUGGCUGGAGCAUAGGCUUGGGGUCCACAUUUCAAAGGACAAAGGGACAAGUAACAUAAAACAUGCAGUUAGUGAGGAACUGUGUCACAAACACUUGGAGGGGAGUGGAUACCUUUCUGAUCUCAGUCUGUGAUGCACAUGUGUUUACAGUUUAUGGCAGAUUUUCUCUAACUUUUUCUUUAACUUUUAAAAUUAACUUUAACUUUUAGUUUUUUUUUAAGAUAUUUAAACAGUUAUUUGUCAUGUAUACUGCAUGUUGACUUGCAUUUGGGACAUUUAUUACUUGCACGAGUUCAAUGCAAAUGCAACUGGUAAUUCUUUACAGAAAGCCUAAAGUAGUAAAUAUAGCUAGUCAUUAUGAUCAAAUCACCUUUUUUUUUUAGCCAUGUCAGUUUAAAAGAACAGUUUGAUAUAUUGAGAAAUACAUUUAUUUACUUUUGGACAGAGCCAGGCUUGCUGUUUUCCCAGUUUCCAGUAUGGAAAAGCUAAGCUAAUUGGGUGCUAGCCGUAGCUCCAUAUUUUCUGUACAGACACGAGAGUGGUAUCAGUCUUUCCAUCUAAUUCUUGGCAAGUAAGUGAAUAUGCCUUUUUCCCAAAGUUUCAUAUUACUCCUUUGAAAGGUACAUCAGAAAUGGCUUCCUUCAGUUAAACUGGAUAUUUUGCAACAAUUGACAUGGUUCCCGUGUGACGGCAAUUAAUCAAAGUGCCAACGAGGCAAAUGAGAAGGGGCUCUAAUACAUUUCCUAAUUACGACAGUUUGUUUUCUCAGCCUUCACAAUGAUUAAUUGUUUUGCUCUGGCCAUCUAUCCCCUGUGAGCGGGCCACAUUGCCUGAGGUGGAAAGGGAGGCUGAUAGGAAUCACCUUCAGAGAGCCCAGGAGUGUGGACCCCAAUCACUGUAUUCCACCGCGAAAUUUGAGGACAGAUGGACAGUGCACAGUAAGGCAGAUAAGUCCGUCAGACUCCCAUCAAAGCAAUGAUAGAGAACAGCAACACUGUAGAAAAGAUUAAUGUGGGCCUGGUCCUCCUCAAGUUGAGUGAUCAAUUAUUGUUCUAUUAGAGGUUCCCAUAUUGUAUUGUUCUGCAGGAGCUUCAAAUGGAUCUUUAUGCUGAAAAUCAGCAGAGUUCGUAAUAUUUGAUGUACUUUGGACAACAUGAACAUUUUCUAAUUGUAUUUAUAUACUUUUUUUUUUUCACAGACUGUUGUCACCAACUGAAAUUGUUCC